GAGAAAAAAGUUGUUGCCCAGGCAACAGAGAGACGCGGCGCUCUUCUGGUUCUCCUCAGUCUAUUUUCGGAGCCUCGCCGGCGACUGAAAAACUGACGGAGAAUAUGGCGGCUGAGGAAACAGAAGCUGAAAAGUUGGAGAUGAGAGCUAUGGAAGCUGAAAAUUUGGAGAUGAAAGCUAUGGAAGCUGAAAAUUUGGAGAUGAGAGCUAUGGAAGCUGAAAAUUUGGAGAUGAGAGCUAUGGAAGCUGAAAAUUUGGAGAUGAGAGCUAUGGAAGCUGAAAAUAUGGAGAUGAAGGCUAUGGAAGCUGAAAAUUUGGAGAUGAGAGCUAUGGAAGCUGAAAAUUUGGAGAUGAAAACUAUAGAACCUGAAAAUUUGGAGAUGAGAGCUAUGGAAGAUGAAAAUUUGGAGAUGAAGGCUAUGGAAGCUGAAAAUAUGGAGAUGAAGGCUAUGGAAGCUGAAAAUUUGGAGAUGAAGGCUAUGGAAGCUGAAAAUAUAGAGAUGAAAGCUAUGGAAGCUGAAAAUUUGGAGAUGAGAGCUAUAGAAGCUGAAAAUUUGGAGAUGAAAACUAUAGAACCUGAAAAUUUGGAGAUGAGAGCUAUGGAAGCUGACAAUUUGGAGAUGAAAACUAUGGAACUUGAAUAUUUGGAAAUGAAAACUAUGGAACCUGAAAAUUUGAAAAUGAAAACUAUGGAACCUGAAACUAUGGAGAUGAUUCCUGUCCAAGCCCUCUCCAAGCUAAUUUGUCCCGAAGAAGAGGAUGAUUUUGACUCUGGACAGUCAAAUUUUCCAUUUACUGUUGGAGCCAUGGGCCCAGGGAAUAUUGGACCACCACAAGAAGAAGAGCUCAGAAUCAUCCCGCAAACCAGUGAUGAAAAUAGCAAAGAAAUCUGGAAUCCACAAGAGGUUCCAGAAGGAGCAGAGCAUGAUGACAUGUGGGAUAUUAGAGAACUCCCAGAAUAUGAGAUUGUAUUCCAACAGCAAGUGGGAACUGAAGAUAUAUACCUGGGAUUGACAAGAAAAGAUCCUUCAACAGCGUGUUGUAAUGAACUAGUGGUUAAAAUUCAACUACCAAAUACGAACCCUUCUGAAAUUGAAAUUGAUAUCCAGGAAAUGGUCCUUGACCUUCGUACUCCUAAUAAGAAGCUGUUGUUAACCCUUCCCUAUCCUGUGGAAUGCAACAGUGCCAAAGCAUCCUAUGUCCCGGAGACUGAGACUCUCGAAAUUACCGUAACUCUGAAAAGAGAGUUUGAUUUUCUUAAUCUUUUCUGAAAUUACAUGGAUAAGGAGAAAAAAUGGAAACAUGGCACUGAUUAAACUUUAAAACUUUGAAGAAGUGUUAGUUUUGUGUAUUCUGUUUACUACUAUGACAUAUUUUGGAAAGGACCAAAACUCAAUGCUAUUGAUAUUCUGAUCAUUUACAGUCACUUCUAUUACUCUGAUAGAAAAUACUAUUUCCUCAUACCAACAAGCUAUUCCAUUGUUACGCUGACAGCUGAAUAGAAUACGUAUAGGCUAACCAAUUAGAUUACUACCUGAUCAAUUACAUGACUGAAUUAUGAUCAGGAAAUGGUUGGUUCACUUAUUUCAGUAGUCUGAAGAACUUAACAAAAUUACACCAUAAUACAAUCAGUUGUAUAGUAAUUGGUCAUAAUUGUCACCAGAAAAAAAUGUAUUUGGUUGCUUUUCCAUUAAUUUUGAUCAUAUGAUUUAGAAUGUUCAUAGUUUAGGCUUUCCUUGUUUUCUGGACUAUAUACAUAACAAAAGGCUAUAAAUCACUUGAUGCAUCAUACUAACCACAUGUUUAUUUGAGUAACAAAUACUCUUGAGCACGUAGUAUCAUUUGGCUUUCAGUGCUUGAAUCUAGUAAGUUUACAUUAUUUUCUUUUUGUGCAUUAAUAAUCACUAACAAUGCCUUUUGAGAUACUGUGUUUAUACUUAGUCUAUUGAAAUCCUUGACAUUUAAAAGGAAUAUAAAGAAAAGCAUGGAGGUGGGGGGCGGCGGCGCUGUGGCAUAGUGGGUAAAGCCACUGCCUGCAGUGCUGGCAUACCAUAUGGGUGCCAGUUUGAGUCUUGGCUGCUCCACUUCCAAUCCAGCUCUCUGCUAUGGCCUGGGAAAGCAGUGGAAGAUGGCCCAAGUGCUUGGGUCCCCGCACCCAAGUGGAAGACUCGGAAAAAACUCCUGGCUCCUGGCUUCAGAUCGGCGCAGCUCCAACCAUUGCCGCCAACUGGGGAGUGAAGCAGUGGAUGGAAGACAUCUUUUUCUGCCUCUCCUCUCUCUGUGUAACUCUGACUUUCAAAUAAAUAAAUAAAUAUUUUCUAAAAAAAAAAAAAAGAAAAGCAUGGUACAUCUACAAAUCCCAUUCUCUCUAAUUUCCUAUCUUUCUUCUUAUAAUUGGAUGCAUCUAUUUUUAUGAAUUGUGCCAAUGCCCCCUC